GUUGCAAGAGACAGAGUUAUCCAAACCUGGACAUUUAUUGAAAAAGUUUCCUUUCCAACGGCAUACGGGUGUGGCUACCCCUCAGGUAUAAUUUGCAUUAACGCGUUCAUGCGAAGAAGAUAUUAUUUCAUAUCGAGUAUCAAUAUCUUUUACCGAACACUUCUUUUUUCUUGUUGUUUUUGGUCUUCCGAUGCGUAUCACAUGCAGUAUUGAAAAGGUUACUAUAUUAUUACUUAAACUGCAAUUUAUUCAUGCUCGCAAAAUGUUUUAUACUAGAGAAGUGUUUUCUCUUUCAUUCUCUAAAACUUGUAUACCCAAAUGCUCAUUUGCAGUUUACGAUACUGCGAGCGGUAAAUUAAUUUGCAAUCAGUAGUUUGUCGUUUAUACUAUUUUUUUAAGCUAAAUAUCUUAGAAUGUUUGAGACUGGCGCGCGAAAGGCACAGGUAUACCAGAAAAGUGUAAAACAGCAGAGGCAAAGGAUAAAAGAAAAAUAGAAGGAACCUUUGAUUCGAAACUCCAUAGUUUUACUUGAGACAUGACGCUAUCAAGUUAUGCAAAACGUGUACCAUUUAGAUCCAGCGACCAAGAAAUGGUUGGCCGAUAUAGUUGACAAGGUUUUUGGAUUCCCACAGUUCGUAAGAUUUAGUUGGUCGACUUCUAAAGAUAUCUUGGAGAAACAGUGUGCUCCUAUUGAAUG